AUGCGGCGGGCGCGGGCGCUGCGCCGCCGCGGAGCGCUGCUCGCCUGUCUCUCCUUGGGGACGCUGCUGGCCCUCGCCGACGCCAAGGGUACCUUCUACCACCCCGCCGCCCCCCUGCCCUACGGCGGCAGGUACAGCCUCUACACGGCCGGCUCCAGCCCGCAGCUCGGCCCCGGCAAGCCCGUGGGCAAGCACAAGAGUUACUGUGCCUACGUGGUGCAGCGCAACGUGACGUGCACGCUGCAGGACGGGGCCGAGAGCUACGUCAAGGCUGAGUACCACAAGUGCAGCUGGGGACCCAAGUGCCCAGGGAAAGUGCUGUACCGCACCUUCUUCAGGCCCAAAUACAAGAUUGGAUACAAGACAGUGACCGAGCUGUCCUGGAGGUGCUGCCCAGGCUUCAUGGGAGAAGGGUGCCAUGACAGCCCGACAGACCAGCCUGGCCUUCUGCCCCAGCAUCCCAGCCCUAAAAUGCCCCCUGGGCAAAAGAUGUUUCCAAUGCCCAGACCUCCUCCCUAUCCCAAAAGCCACCCUGACCUGUUCCCGGGACCAAAGAAGAAUCAAUAUGGCAGGAAGCUGCCUGGCCUCUUCGGGGACCGCCUGGAUCGGCUGGAGGAGGAGGUGAGGCGCCUUUCCCAGUCCUACGACAGCCUGCACACCAUGGUGAGUGGGCUGGGGGACCGCCUGCGCCUGGCCAUCCAGGAGGACACCACCAAGAUGAUCGGCUCCCUGAUGAACAGCCCGGGCACGCCAGACUCCUCCGUGGGCUUCGGCAUCAUUCCCGACGGCCUGGUGGACGUGGCAGACAAAGCUGACAUCGCCACGUACCCUCCCGUAGGGGACAUCCUGACCAAAGUGACCGAGGUGAGCGACGUGCUGAAAACCAAGGCGGAUCUGCUGCACGAGGUGCGGGGCAUGGUCCUGGACCACGAUGGGCAGAUCAAGCACCUGCUGGAAUCCGCCCGGCCCUCGCCUCUCACCUCCAUUGACCUGCUGGAGGAGUAUGUGGACACGAGGCUGAGCAACCUGCGUGGAGAGCUGCUCGAUGGCUUCGAGAAGAAGCUGGGCAAGAUCCAGACCACGUGUGAUUUCCGCAUCCAAGAGGUGCGGCAGCAGUGCGAGGAGGAGAAAGCCGCCAACCUGCGGCUGCAGCAGACGCUGGAUGGGAAGGAGCUGGAGAUCAAGAAAGAGAUCUCUCAGCUGGAGACCCAGAUCCAAGGGCUGACGGUGGUGGAAAGCUGCUGCAGCAACCUGGACUACCUCACAGAUCGCAUGAACAUCCUUGAGAAAGGCCUUCACAGCAUCUCUGAGUCCCAGAAGAACCUGCACUCACGCCUGGAUGGAGAAAUCUCCACUGUCACCCUAGGGAACCUCUUUGAAGGGCGCUUCGAGGACCUGGAAGCCAGGCUCAAUGCCACAGAGAGGGAAACAGGGAGCUGCUGCUCUGGUAUAGAGGACAGCAUGAAAGGCACAGUGGUGGCAGAGGUGGAUGGCAUGAGGACUGCCUUUGAAGACAAAAUGCAGACCCUGGAGGACAGGUUCAUGACCAUCGUGGGGGAGCUGAGCAAUGUCAGUUCUCCCAUGGGCAUGGACGGAGCAGUGGUGCCUGUGCUGGAAGGGGAGCUUGCCAGCAUGAGGAAACGGACAGAUGAGACACUGGAGGCGUUGCAGAAUCGCCUCAUCACCCUGGAGAGCACCUGCUCCCUGGGCUGCACCUCUGCCUCCAAAGAUGUGGAGACCUUUCGCACGGAGAUCGAGGACUGCCAGAACAAGAACCAGGACCUGCUCCUCCGCAUGGACAGCAAUUACGACCUCCUGCGCAAGCUGAACGCCACCAUCCUGGAGAUCCAGCGGCGAAUCGAGGAGGAAGCAUCAGGGGCUUUGCAAGGGGAGAUCACCUUGCUGAAGAUCAACCUGAACACUGUGAGCAAGUCUCUGACAGGGCUCAAGGACUCCGUCUCCCAGUACUCAGACACAGUGACGCAUGUCAACUCCUCUCUAGAUGAGCACGAGCGGAAGAUUGAGGAUGAGGUCCACUCCAUCCAGGAGAAAGUCAACGACCAAGGUUCCCAGCUUUUCUUCAGCAACCGCCGUGUCCUGAACCUCAAGGGAGACCUGGAGCGACUCAAAGCCAGGAUUGUCAGCGACUUGAGCUCCUGCAAGAACGUGGCCCAUGGCCUGCAGCAGGAGGUUUCUCGCUUCGAUGAGCGGGUGGCGCGGGUGGAGAGCGCCUGCGGCAGGCUGGGGGCCAUUCCCGGCAGCCUGGAUGACAUCAGGGAGGAACUGGAGAAACACACGGGCAGUCUGUGGGACUACAUGGACCACAUGAACGGGACACUGGCUGCCCACUCUCAGGAAAUAACAGGACUGAAGGACAACUUGCUUGACUGCCAAGCUAAGGUCUCUGAGCUGGCAGAGCAGGUCGGGUACUUGGAGGAGAAGGCGGAGAGGAGGCAGCAUUAGCCACACUGCAAUGCCAUGUGUCUUCCUUCUCCUGCUGUGAAGGACAGGAUUAAAUUAUAUCACACAGACUCACUCCAAUGUGACAACAGUUCUUGGGAUAAUUUUUUUAUGAAAAGCUGCUACAUAUUUUUGUUUUCCCCUAAUCUUGUUGGCCCCACUUCUCCUUAACUCCACCAUGCUGGUGCUCCCCUCCUGAUGCUCAGCAACUGUCCUGACCCUGGCGCAGCAGUGUCACUGCCUCCUGGCUGGGUGUGUUGCUUUGGCUCCUGGGCUGAUGACCCCGGAAGGACAACUCAAGAGUAAGCUGGAAGCAGAAACUUUUUUUUCUUUUUUUUUUUUUUUUUUUUUUGUGGAUUUAUAAUUUCUUGAAGAAUAAAACCCUGUAGUUAUCAGCUGAGGAAUAGUUUCUCUGACCUAAAGACCACCUGCAUCUUAAUCCAGAGACUGAGCAGAGCCAGGGCUCCUUGCAGGGAACAAAACUCACCACAGCAAUCAUAGAUUUCAAAGAACACACGUAUUCACACGUCCCUCCGGGAACUGGCUUCCCUUCUCUGAGAUGGCAGCCCUCCUUGUGUAUGGUAAAUCCAUUUAUAAUGCUCCCUCCUCCAUGCAGAUGCAGAUGCCUUAUGGAGCAUAUGAGGGUGUGCAUUAGGAAAACACAUAUGCAUAUAUAUAUAUAUAGUAUGUGUAUGUAUAUUUUUGAACAAUCCUGUGCCAUGGUGCUCAUCUGAUUCCAGUUUCCUAAUGCUGCCCCCAUGUCCUUUGCCAUAUUCCAAAGACCCACACCAAGUUGCAAAAAGCUGUGGCAGCAGUGUUUGGAGAGAGCUGGUUUUGGGGGCUGCUGUGCUUUGCAAUCCUACUUUGCUGGGCUCUCUAGUUACACCUGGGACUGACAUGAUGGUUAUGGAAAACACGUGUCUUCCCUGAGAAGAACUGUGUCCAUAGGUCUCUGCAGAUACCAAGCUGUGCACAGAGCAGUACUGUCCUCCAGCUCUGUCUCUUUCCUGUUUUAUUGCUUAAGCUGUGAACUCCAUCAUCUCAUCCCAGGCAGGAGAGUUCCAGCUGCUGCAGGGUGUGAGUGCACCAGUGGAGGAGCAGGAGCCCAUGUCCUCCUCAAGCUCUUCUGAUCCCACUGGGUUGCCAAUAGCCUUGGGACCAACACUGAUGUGGAACAAGGCAGGGCAUCUGUGAGAACACCUCUGGAGGCCUGUCCUCAGCUCAGAAUGAAAAACCCACAUCAUUUACCCAGCUUGACUCUGGUUUCCCACAAACAGGCAAGCUGGAAAACACUGUCCAUGUUCCUGUGCAACUCCAGCCUUGUCCCGCAGAGCUGUCGCACACAGAAUCCAUCUCUCCUAGGAGCCCACCAUGGGCAUCCUCCACUGAUCAGCCAAUGGGGACUUCAUUACUAGGAUGAGGAGGAAAUUAAAGAGCCUCCACCCAAGCAACUCUGGCACUUUAUAGCAGAGGAACAUACUUUUCUCUCAGCAUUGUAGCUCAUGAACCCUUCCACACCAGCCAGCCUUUGGCUCUCACACAGUGCCUGUCACCCUCACCAGGCUGUCCCUGCUCUUCUGCACCAUAAUUCCCUGCCUGAUCCCCCCUAAUUGCAUGAAGGAGCAGCUCUGUGCUCUGACUAGCUCAAACCAGCAGCAACUCCCAGCAGAGAUGCAUCUGGGCACCUUUUUUCCCCCAAGAAAAUCUGGGUGAGCUCCCUUAAACAUGCUUCCAGUUUAGGGAGGACCACAGGGACCACUGAGUCCAGUAGCCAUGUUCCCCUGAGGCAGUAAAAGCUCGGUCCCCUUCCAGAGGAGCAUGAGCUGUGGGAGCAUAGAGAGGACACGUGGCCCCCCACCACUUGCCCAGCCCUGCCAGGUGCUCACAGCACCAGAAUUUGCUCUCACUGCUCUGGGCUUUGCUGAUUUGGAGCUACCCUCCAGCUGCUGAGACACUUCUCCAGCUGAGGAACAAUCUCCUGCUGCCUUUGGGCAUCCUGAAAAAACUGCUCUUAGACAACAAAACUCUUUCUCCAGCCUCAGGAAGAAGUUUCAAGGCAACUCUGAGUACUUUGUGAUGGGCCAGGGGAGCCCUCACCCUGCAGGGGGAGCAUCCUGCCUAAGCCCCUUUUCCAUCCCCUUUACACCAGGGAGAAAACCAAAGAGAAAACCAAGCCAAGGGCCAGGCUUCCUGUUCCCCAGCCAGGGCUGGAUUAGAGUGGGUGAACAGGAACAGCUUCCCCAUAAAAGAGGGAGCCAGGACUGGCCAUAACAGAACCAGGACAAGGAAGAAGUUUGGCCUUCCAGAAAAUGGUGCUAUGUUUGGACUAUUGCUGACUAGUCACUUGAAGCUAUGGACAGUUUGUUAUUUCAGUUCUCAGCUAUUCAUGUUUAAAAAAUGAAAGGAACUUUGUACAAAACUGGGCAUUUUUUAAAAAUUGCUUGCAGAAUAAGGAAAUGCUGCCCAUGGGGUUGUGCUUGCAUGGGCAGCUUUCUGAGGCAGUUGAUAACUGAUCCUGUUAAAAGACUGUGUUCUAUUGUUUUUAAAACCAUGUCUAUUUGUUCAGAUUUUAAAAGCUGAAAAACUGUUUGUACUGGA